GUUAUGAUUUUCGAGUAGAAUAUGCAAUAUUGGUCAGAACAUUCUACAGAAAGUACUAUAUAGACAUCAUAGAAUGCACAUUAGCAAUAACACAUUAUUUUUACCACUGAAUCUAGCGUUAUUUCUUAUAUGAAUUACCAUAACCACGUGUGAUAUCGCGACAAGCCGACAUUCACCGACUAACGUUAGACUUCGUUCAUUGCUUGAUUUCGUGUACGGUGUAGAAAUACUUGCUAUGUCACUCAGCUCAUAAUGAUAGUGUGUCAUGCAUACAGUGUGUGUAUGUGUGUGAAUGAAGCAGAGCUGUGUGUUGCGUGAUCCGUGGAUAUCGAUGAAAAAGUGAAUUUAGUCCAACUCCGAGUCCGACCUAUUCCUAACUUAAGCUAUCACAGAUGGUCUGAGUUUAAGACAUUCUCGUAUCUGUCAACAUGUUAAAUUGGCGAGAUCAAUAACAAUUUCUACAAACACUCAAAAAAAAAUUUGAAAUGAAAAUGAUGUCUGCGAGUAGCUCUGACGCCCAGACAUCACCAGCUGCAAAAAAGCGGAGGCUCGAACCAGAGUCCAACAACACCAGCCAGAACUCGGUCAAUUCUAACAAUAGUGAGAUGGCAAAGAACGGAAGUCAGGAUGAGAUCGAUGAAGGGUUGUAUUCUAGGCAGCUAUAUGUUCUGGGACAUGAAGCCAUGAAGCGUAUGGCUUUGUCCAAUAUCCUCAUCUCUGGUAUGAAGGGACUUGGAGUAGAGAUUGCUAAGAAUGUCGUCUUAGGUGGUGUCAAAUCUGUCGUCAUCCAUGAUGAAGAGGAUGUUACCAUUCAAGAUUUAGCCUCCCAGUUCUUCUUACGGGAGGCAGAUAUUGGAAAGAACAGAGCGGAGGUAACUGAACCAAGGCUGGCUGAACUCAAUAGCUAUGUACCUGUCUCAUCAAGCAAAUCUCCACUCAAUGAACAAUUUAUCAGCAAAUUCCAGGUUGUAGUAUUGACUACUAGUAGCUUGGAAGCUCAGCUAAGGAUAGGUGACUUCUGCCACUCCAACGGCAUCCAUCUAAUCAUUGGAGACACCAGGGGUCUAUUUGGUCAGGUCUUUUGUGACUUUGGUGAUAACUUCACAGUGUAUGACAACAAUGGAGAGGAACCCCUCUCUGUCAUGGUGUCUGCUGUAUCCAAGGAUGAACAAGGUGUAGUUACAUGUCUCGAUGAAAGUCGUCAUGGUUUUGAGAGUGGAGAUCAUGUUUCAUUCUCGGAAGUUCAGGGUAUGACUGAGCUGAAUGGUUGCCAGCCAAGGGAGAUCAAGGUGCUAGGACCAUACACCUUUGGUAUUGGAGAUACUAGUAACCUAUCGGACUAUGUCAGAGGAGGUAUUGUUGCUCAAGUCAAGAUGCCACAGAAUGUUGCAUUUAAAUCAUUACGAGAAUCGUUGGCAGAACCUGAAAUGAUCAUGACUGAUUUUGCUAAAUUUGAUCGACCUGGUCAGCUUCACAUUGGCUUUCAGGCUCUUCAUUCAUUCAAGUCACAGUAUGGUACACUGCCAAGACCAAGGAAUGAUGAUGAUGCAGCCAAAUUGAUUGCCAUUGCAAAGGAGAUCAAUUCCCAGGCACCCGAUGCAUCUAAGCAGGAGUCUAUGGAUGAUAAGCUUAUCACCCAGCUAGCAUACAAUGCUACCGGUGAUAUCUGUCCUAUGCAGGCUGUCAUUGGUGGAGUCGCUGCUCAAGAAGUCAUGAAGGCUAGCAGUGGUAAAUUCAACCCCAUAAAGCAAUGGCUCUACUUUGAUUCACUAGAGUGUCUCCCAGAAGAAGAGAGUGCGAUGCCAUCAGAAGAUAACUGUCAAUCGACAAAUUGCAGGUAUGACUCCCAAAUUGCUGUACUAGGAGCAGAUUUCCAAAGGAGGAUAACAGCUCAAAAAUAUUUCAUGGUUGGAGCCGGAGCCAUUGGAUGUGAACUGCUGAAGAACUUUGCCUUGAUGGGAUUAGGAAGCUCACCAGAAGGCAAGGUUUAUAUCACAGAUAUGGAUAUCAUAGAGAAGUCCAACCUCAAUAGACAGUUCCUAUUCAGAGCACAUGAUGUACAGAAACCCAAGUCAGAUACUGCAGCCAAAGCAGCCAAAGAAAUGAACCCUGAUCUCAACAUUGUACCACAUCUGAACCGAGUUGGACCAGAGACAGAGAACAUCUACGAUGAUGACUUCUUUGAGUCAUUGGAUGGAGUGGCUAAUGCUCUGGAUAAUGUAGAUGCACGUAUGUACAUGGACAGACGAUGUGUCUACUAUCGCAAGUCUCUUUUGGAGUCUGGUACCCUCGGUACCAAAGGAAACGUCCAGGUGGUCAUACCGAACCUUACAGAAUCCUACAGUUCUUCACAGGACCCACCUGAGAAGUCCAUCCCAAUCUGUACUUUGAAGAACUUUCCCAAUGCCAUUGAGCACACUAUCCAGUGGGGUAGGGAUAUGUUUGAAGGACUCUUUAGAAACCCUGCUGAGAAUGCUGCUCAGUAUGGAAAUGAUCCCAAGUUUAUGGAAAGGACACUUAAAAUGGCUGGAUGUCAACCAAUGGAAAUUUUAGAACUGUUAAAGCGAGCCCUGAUAGAUGAUAGACCUAAGAGCCUAGAUGAUUGUAUAUCAUGGUCCAGGCAUCAUUUUGAGAGUCAGUACGUCAACCAGAUAAAACAGCUUCUCUUUAACUUCCCUGCUGAUCAGACAACCAGUUCAGGAGCACCAUUUUGGUCAGGCCCUAAGAGGUGUCCACAUCCACUCAAGUUCAAUGCUGAUGAUGCAACACAUCUUAGCUAUAUAGUAUCUACCAGUAACUUACUAGCAGAUGUCUAUGGCCUCCAAGGUAGCCGGGAUGAAAGUUUCUUCAGAAAAGUUUUGGAAUCAAUAGAUGUACCAGUGUUCACUCCUAAAGCAGGUGUGAAAAUUGCAGUGACGGACGCAGAAGCCCAAGCAGCAGCCGAAAUCCAUGCUGAUGAUGCCCGUCUCAAAGAGAUCAUAGAAAGUUUGCCAACCCCUGAGCAGCUCAAGCAGAUCUGCAUUAAACCACUUGACUUUGAAAAGGAUGAUGACACUAACUUCCAUAUGGACUUCAUUGUAGCAGCAUCAAAUCUGAGAGCUGAGAAUUAUGGCAUUACACCUGCUGAUAAAUAUAAGACCAAGAAGAUAGCUGGUAAGAUCAUUCCUGCCAUCGCCACUACCACCUCAGUGGUUGCUGGGCUUGUGUGCCUAGAGCUCAUCAAGCUCAUCAAUGGCAACAAGAAGAUGGAUAAUUACAAGAAUGGAUUCAUCAACCUGGCUUUACCAUUCUUUGGAUUCUCAGAGCCAAUAGCACCUACCAAGAUGAAGUAUUAUGACACUGAAUUCUCACUGUGGGAUCGCUUCGAUGUGAACGUGACAAACAAAGAGAUGACCCUGAAGGAGUUCCUAGAUUACUUUCAGAAUGAUCUUAAGCUAGAAAUCACCAUGUUAUCACAAGGAGUAUGCAUGCUUUACUCUUGCUUCAUGAAUAAAGCUAAAAUCAAUGAAAGAUUGCCCUGUCGAAUGUCCGAGGUGGUGACCAAGGUUUCCAAGAAGAAGAUCCCCAAACAUGUGAAGAGUUUGGUCUUUGAGCUAUGCUGCAAUGACAGAGAGGGUGAAGAUGUAGAUGUGCCAUAUGUUAGAUAUACCUUCCGCUGAAUGCACAUCAUUGUCAAUACCAAGCUCUCUUCUAUGUCUACUCCAUGUAUGAAAUCAUUUACAUUUAAAUGUUUAUUCCUUGUCUAUGAUUAACAACUGAGGAAUGUUAAAAUAUUACAAUUAAUUAUAACUCUUUGUACAUGAAUGAUAAACUCACUAUUAUCUUGAAUUGAUAUGAUUGAUUGUAUUUAAAAGGGACCCAGGGCUUAAUACCUAACCAUGAAUCAGUGAAAAAAAAAAACAAUCUGGUGUCCAAGAUAUUGCAAAAGAAUACACAAAUGGGUACCUCCAUCAGUUUAUUACGACUACUUGUGUCAAUAGAAUGGGGCAUUCAAUAAAUAAAGAGGUUGAUAUGAAAUCCUUAACUAAUGGAGGUUAUUCCAUGGGGUGGGCCAACUUCACAAAAGGUUUGUAUGAGUUCCUUGUCCAAGUGUUAGUUUCUAGGGGCAAGGCCAUGAAUAUCAAUAAUUUAAAACUUAAAUGAAAAAAAAAUCUAUACUGUAGGAUGCUAUGUGAUUAUAAAGACCAGAUUUGAUAGUAACAGGAUGUUUUUAUUUGCUAAUUGCAAAAAAGGCUGUACUGUGAAGCAGAACAAAUGAUUAGAGAUGGUUUUAAUUAAAAUUUGACAUGUUCAAAUACUAUGCACUCAUAUUGCUAGAAAAAAAUCAAUCAAUUUUAUUACAGGAGCAUUAUAUUACAAACAUGUAACUGUCUUAUUUAUAAAUAUUUAGAUUAAAAGAUUACCCCUUUUUGUGUGCAUCUUAAAGUAUGUUACUGUGUGAAGAAAUGAAUGAUUUUGUUUCAGGAAUAGACAUUGAAGACCUGUUUUGAAAUGAGUCACUGUGUAGAUAAAUAACAUGCGAAACAUAAAUACAUGUAGUAAACUGUAUAUUUAGAAAUUGCCCAACUUUUUCUUUUCUUUUUCUCAGAUAAUGGUUUUGUUCUCAAUGAACCAUUCUCAAUGUUAAGUAUAAUCUACUCGCUCAUGUGGAGUUGAAGUUAGAUUUUUUUUUUUGUAUUAUGUUAAAUUGUCUGAUGAUGAAGUGUAUCAGUCAGGUAGCAUACACAAUUAUAAUUAUACAGUCAUUAAAGGUAUUAACUGUUUGUAAUGACUACAAUUCCUUAAAGUAUGUAGCUCUGACCCCCCCCCCCUGCAAUACAUAUUGAACCUAAUUUUGUUGUUGUCUUGGCAGAGACCUUGUAAUAACUCUUCCUGUUAGUCUGUAAUAUUUGUUACAUUUGAAAAAGGUUUUUGUUACUUGGUCUCACACUCUUGGUACAAAUGAUCCUUGGGUAAUACCACAUGUGUGUUGAUGGUGGGGCCAAAAGUUUAUAUUUCAUGUUUUAUUGAUUGCGAAAUCAAGCGAGACUCAUGAUUCAAGCACCACAUUGUCUAGUCCAUAUCAAAAAGUUCAACCCUAUCUAGGCCCCGGGGGAGUGGAGACCCCCCCCCCCCAGUCAACGAUUCGCGCAAUAUUUUCGCUGUGCAGAAAAAAUGUUACCGUGCAACUAGCGGACUUUUUACUUUCAAGUCUUGCGCACCUUUUGAUUCAAGAUUUGCAAUGCCUGGGUAUGCAGUUCCGAAAUUACUUAACAUUUUGUAAGUGCAUGUCAGACUGAAAACUGCUCAAAAUAGUAAUUUUGUGCGUUUUCAACCAGUUUAACUGUUAUAAAUGGAUUUAUUUUAUGCCGUUUAUGAUCUGAAGAGUCCCCAGCAAAGUUUGUCAAAAAAAAACAAUAAGAAAUUUAUCUAAUAUCACAAUUUUUUCUACACCAAAAAUUAGCACAUCUGGAGCUUUAUUUAUAAUUUUGUAUACUAAUUACAAGCAAUUUGCAUGAAAUAAAUUGCUGAACAAUUUUGUAGAUUAUGGCCCAGACAAACUGCGUGCCAAAUUUUGGUGCGGUCGACGGCCGAGAUCUCAAGGGGGGUGUGAGCCCCCUCCCUCGGCAACAUGAUCUGCCAAAAUACCCCGGCCUAAAUAUGGUUUAACGUUCUCAAACAUUCUCAAGUAGUUAAUAUAAUGGAGAAAAAAUACAGAAAGGGUCCAUAUGCAAAUAUGUGUGCAUACCAAACUGCCGCUUCUGUAGAUAGUGCCACAUGUUGAAAGAAAAUGUGUCCUAUAGAAGUUUAAAUAUUAUUGUUAAUUCGAUUGAUGAAAUCAGUCCUAUGUCAUGAAAUUAAAUGCCUGACAUAGUACAUUGUUUAUCUGUCUGUACCCUUUAAAUGUUUUUGAAAGAGCUAUAUGAAAGCUGUCCUGAUGUAAUCAGAUAAGUGAAAAUAAAAUUGUGUUGAAUGUCACAAGUUAUUUAUUGGUUAGACAUAUAUCUAGGAAAUCAAUAUGAGAACCUUCCGUCAUGAAUAUAUGUGUUCAGCUGAGUUCAUAGACACAAUGUAAAAGCAGUAUUGUUAUAAUAGAGCUCAAUAAUAAUAUCCUAUUAAAACAAUAGAGAGGCAUAUAAGUAAAAUCUUGAAAAAAUUGGAGGUAAUUUUAGCUAGUAUCAGUGGAAUUAUCAAUUAUGAUGUUUACUAAGAUACUAAAUAACUCGCCCAACACCAAAAGCAUGAAAAAAAAGCGUAAAUUUGUGCCUUAAUUAUUUUGGUUUUCUUGUUUUGUUAUGUAAUUACUUCUGCACCCAAAGACACAACCGUGUACAACAACCUUCCAGCAUAUUGGCUGCGUACCAUUGCCUCCUCAAUAUUGUAUAUUUUGUGCUAGAUAUAACUUUUUUUUUGUCUUUGUCUUGACUGUAUUGUGAAAAUGAAUAAAAGCCUCUGUGGAAUGCA